CUUCCGGUGCGGGCCCCGCCCCGGCUGUGGACCCCGGCUGCGGAGAAGUCCGAGACGCAGCUGCCGCGCCGGGGCUGAGCGGCCGCCUCCUGCACUGCGGGCGGACCGGAGCGCCCCGCGCAGGUUUAGGCCCAGUGUGCCUGCUGGGCUGUGCCCACAUUCAGAGCCAUGCCAAUCUGUGGGUGAAGCUUGAGGUAGUGAUGGAGCCACAGCAGCAGCAGAAGCAGCAGCAGCAGCAACAGCAGCAGCCGCCGCCACAGCCGCCACCAGCACACCUGGCUGCUCUGCAGAUGGAUACCAGAGAGAAACAGGGACAGCAGAUGAGAGAAGCCCAGUUCUUGUAUGCCCAGAAGCUGGUCUCACAGCAGACUCUCUUUUCUGCCACACCUGGGAAGCCUUCUGGUAGCCCUGCCCUUGGUCCCUUAGCCAGAGUUCCGCAGGCCCCAGCAGUGACCCGAGUUUUUGAACGGAGCAGUGUGAACUCAGAGCCUGAAGAAGAGGAAGGAUGUUUGGAAGAUGAGGAAGGGGAUGACGAAGUUACAGAGGUGGCUGAGAAGGAGGCCCAGGCUGCUUCAAAAUAUUUUCAUGCGCAGAAACUGGCUCGCCAAGACCCCAGAGCAACACCUGUGUCUGGUCUACUUCCAGCACCAGGGCUCCCACCACAUGGACAGCAAGCUAAAGAAGACCAUACCAAAGAUGCUUCCAAGGCCCCACCUUCAGUCUCCGCAGCUGGGCAGCCAAGCUGGAAUCUGGAUGAGCAGCUCAAGCAGAAUGGUGGUUUGGCCUGGAGUGACGAUGCGGACGGAAGCCGGGGACGAGAAAUCUCUCGAGAUUUUGCCAAGCUGUAUGAACUGGACGGUGAUCCGGAAAGGAAAGAGUUCCUGGAUGACCUUUUUGUCUUUAUGCAGAAGAGGGGGACCCCCAUCAACCGAAUCCCCAUCAUGGCCAAGCAGAUCCUGGACUUGUACAUGCUCUAUAAGCUGGUGACGGAGAAGGGGGGCCUGGUGGAGAUCAUCAACAAGAAGAUCUGGAGGGAGAUCACCAAAGGCCUGAACCUGCCCACAUCUAUCACCAGUGCCGCCUUCACCCUGAGGACACAGUACAUGAAGUACCUCUAUGCCUACGAGUGUGAGAAGAAAGCCUUGAGCUCCCCAGCUGAGCUCCAGGCAGCCAUUGAUGGCAACCGGAGGGAGGGCCGGCGGCCCAGCUACAGCUCCUCUCUCUUUGGCUACUCGCCCACUGCUGCCACUGCUGCGGCUGCCGGGGCCCCUGCCCUUCUCUCCCCACCAAAGAUCCGCUUCCCCAUCCUUGGACUGGGCUCCAGCAGUGGCACCAAUACCAGCAGCCCUCGGAUAUCCCCAGCCACCACUCUCAGGAAAGGUGAUGGAGUCUCAGUGACAACAGUGCCCGUGCCAAAUCGCCUGGCUGUGCCUGUGACCUUGGCAGGCCAGCAGGCCACUACCCGGACGGCCACGCUGGAGCAGCUGCGGGAACGGCUGGAGUCAGGGGAGCCCCCUGAGAAGAAGACAUCCCGGCUGUCGGAGGAGGAGCAGCGCCUGGUACAGCAGGCCUUCCAGCGCAACUUUUUCAGCAUGGCACGGCAGCUGCCCAUGAAGAUCAGGAUCAACGGCAGGGAAGACAGAUCAGAGGCGUCGGCUGCAGCACUGAACCUGACCACGAGCAGCAUUGGGAGCAUCAACAUGUCUGUGGACAUCGAUGGUACCACCUACACAGGUGUGCUGUUUGCCCAGAAGCCUGUGGUCCACCUCAUCGCGGGAUCUGCACCCCAGAGCAUCGGCAGCAGCGCCAGCAGCAGCAGCAGUUCACACUGCUCACCAAGUCCUACCUCAUCUCGGGGCACCCCCAGUGCAGAGCCCUCCACCAGCUGGUCCCUCUGAAGGGCAGACCCAGCUUCCCAUUCCCCACUCUCCUGUUGAGAGUGAAGGAAGCUGAUGCACAGAAUUUACCUCAUCUCAUGGAGCCCACGUCAAACACCAUUUGGCCAGAUGUUGAGAGUUUGGACAUGUCUGUCUGUCCAGGCUCCAUUCGGGUCCUGCUGUACUCUGGGGACAGGGGGAGGCUCGAGGGGCAGGACAGGGCAGCGUUGUCCAAUCAGGGAUUGUCCUGGAGAACUGGGUGGGGUCUGUGGGCAUCCAGCUUCCUCCAGGGUUCCCAGGCCACCUCGCAUCCCGGGCACAGUGUAUCGACAAUCUGUAAGCCGACACGGGGCUGGAGGCCUUCCAUAUUCCUUUCCCUUUAAUUUAUUUCCCUUCCCCUCCCUUCUGCCAUGACCCCAGGGUCACUGGUCUCUUCCCCUGCUCAGUCCCCAGUCUGUAACUCCCCUGUGGGGCUGCUGGGAGCCAAGAGCAGGCCUCCAUGGACUUUCUCUGCUGGGCAUGGGAUAGGGCCGUCCAAGCCCACCUUGCCUACCAUGUUUGGUUCCUAGGGUGUGGGUCCCUCAGAUUCAAGUCUUGAAGCAGUCCUCAGGGCCCCACUUGCCCCUUUUAAUUGUCCCAGGAAAGGUCACCUGCGGGCAGUCCUCAGGUCCCAGGGCCUACUGGGCAUCUGCUGAGGGAGAGGCGGGGCCUCGGGGCUGCCCAGGCAGGUCCUGGCACCCACUCCACACUGACCCUCCCGACCCUCCCAGAUCUCACGUUCCCCACUCUCCCUUGUUGGCCAGCAGUCCCGAGAACAGCCCACUUGUCCCUUGGGCCUCCCUUCUUCUCAUGGGGCCGUCUCAGCCCCAGCAUCCCCAAACCUGCUGAUGUCAGGUUCAUUGAAAUACCUCAGAUUUGUAAUUGUUGAUGUUUGAUUCUUCAGGAAGUAUUUGCAUUUCUGAAAUCUUUUUUAUAUGUGUUUUGCUGACUUU